GCCGACGGAAACGGAUCGAUGCUGGAAAUAGCUCGGCCCGCAGGAGAGUACGAGGUGAGUCGCCUUCGCUUUCGGCAGGGCCUUCGCGCGACUCUCGACGCUCGCUGCCGCCGCUGCCUGCCGAUCCGUUUCCAGAAAAGCAAAUAAGCUUCCGCACGCGCGUAUCAUCCGGUUUCCCCCGGGACAAGUUACCGUGUCCGACCGCUCUUCCGUAUCCAACACGGCCGCCGCCACCGUCGCCGCCGCCCUCCUCGAUCUGGCCAUUCUACUCUCUCUCUCGAAUCGGGCGCGCGCCGGCUGCUAGCUCCGAGCCAACGUGAGCCUCGAUCCGGCACCGAACUGAGCGGGAUGACGCGAAAAAAAUGUGCGCCGAACCGAUGUGGCUGAUGAGGCUGAAAUCAAGCCUCUCACGCACCACGGUAGGUCUUAGAGGAUGCACAAGCUAGCCAAGGGCCUGAAGAAGAAGAAAAAGCCGAAGAAGGGCAAGAAGGGAGGAGAGGAGGAAGAGUUCGAUCCCGAGGAGCUCGAGCGUUAUCGGCGCGAGCGGGCAGAGGCCCAACAGAAAGCCGAGCAGGCUGGUCAGCCGGCCGCUGGAUCCGACGAGUGGAAGAAGUUCCAGGCCUUGACCGCUGGCGUCGAUUCGGUCUUAAAGAAGACCCAGGAUGACCUCGAUCGGAUAAAAUCUACCUCAUUCUUCCAGCGUAAAGCGCCGUUGGAAGAGAAGCCGGACGAGGCGGCCAAGCAGGAGGAGGCGAAGAAAUCGUCCUCGAAGAGGUGGGUAGGCUUCGACAAGGAGGGCAAUCCGAUCGAAGCCGCGCCGGAAGUCGACGGUCAGGACGGGAAGGAGGAUAAACUUUUAGUGAAUGAGGACGGUUUCGUGGACGUGCCGGAGGACGAGGAUGAGCAGGAGGAUUCCGCCGAAGAAGACAUCUUCGACACCACUUACGUCGACGUUCUACAGAACAUCGACGUACAAUUAGCUUACAUACCGGACAGUCCGACCGAAGAGGAGGUCGGAGACGAUCCGUUCGACACCACCAGCGCCGACAAGGUUCUCAAGACAGUCGACAAGAAGGGCAACAAAUUAGUCAGCUUAGGCAAUGCCGUUGAGGUGUUGUCGGGUAGAAUCGAUCAUGUAAGCACGUGCAGGCUCACGAAGGGAAGACGACCGAGGCUCCAGCAGGAUCUGCUGUUGGACGACUUCGAGGAGGCGGAGCUGCCGACCGCGGAGGCCGUCGCGGCGGAGCCAAUCGAGGUAGAAAAGACUCUGCUGGACGACGACAGCGAUCUUCCCGACAUCCCUGUCGAUUUGACGAAAUUGCCACCUGUACUGCCGAGACCAGUCACCCCCGUCACUCCCGCAGUCACUCAGGAAGACGCGACGGUCGCCGAGAAGACUUCAAACGGCCCGCCGGACGACGAGGUUCGUCUCGAGGAAGCCGACGAUCCAUUCGCCGCGAAGGAGCCUGAGACCGUUGAUUUUCAGACGGAGAUAAUCGAGGCCAGCUUUGAGGCGGCCACUUUUGUCGACGAAGCCGAUCCGUUCGACACUACAAUCGCGGAUAAUAUUUUGCCGGGUAAAACCGAGCUGAAAUUCAUCGAGAAGGAGCUCGAGGAACUGCCUGUGUCAGAAGUAUCGAUAUCUCUCACUGAUCCCGCCGGCUUCAACAGAGAUUACGAGACUGGCUUACUGAAAUUGGAUGGCGAGCAGAAUAAUGAGAAUGACGAUUCACAGCUGCUUAAAAAGGACUUGCUAGGCGGCUCAGCGACCGAUCUCAGCCAGUUGGUAGACCAGCCGAUCGCGCCUGUGGAGGAAAUCACCUACGUCGAUCCUUUCGACACAUCCACCGUAAAAGAGCUGCCGCCUGGCCAGACGGAGCUCAAGGUCUUGGAAAAAGAAUUGCUCGGUGAGCAGCCCAGCAGCUGCAUCGAGGACGACGACGACGACGAUUUCGAUCCGAGAAAAGAUGAAACGUCGGUGAAGCAAUCGCCUGCGAAUCCGCCGACUAGGCCCCCGGUGCCGGUCAAGCCAAAGCCGGUUGAACCCGUGUUCGAAGUUAACUUUGAAGAAAACGCCGAAGUCGAGGAGACAAAACUCGGGAGAAAAACCUCGCGACCGGAAAUCCUCGAACUAGCCCCGGCUAAGGCGGUCGCGUUCGAGCUGCCGACACCGUCGAAGAGGCCCGAUCUUCUCGCAACGAGCGAGGAGGAAAAGUCUCUACCUUCCAAGCCGCUGACGCCGUAUUAUUCGCAGAAAUCUAUAGAGGAAUCGUUGCCGGUUGAAGAGGAGGAGGUCGAGGUUGAUCCGUUUGACACCAGCUUUGUCAGUAACGUCGCACCGGGCAAAACCGAGCUCAAGCUCAUCGAGUCGGAAUUACUGAAGCAGGAGCCUAGGCUGCCUCACAGUUUAAGCGACCACGAUUUUGAUCCGAGAUCUGUCGCAGAGCCGAUCAGACGGCAGAGCGAUUUUACAGCCACUUCGGUCACGCCGGGUAGCUUGAAGCUCGCGCAGCUGCAAUCGUCGCUGAUACAGAAGGUCGAGGAAGAGGUGAUCGCGAGACAGGAACCCCGGCGGCAGGAGAGUCUGCUGGAUGCAGAGGUCGAAGUCGAUGCGAAGCCUUUGACGCCGAAAAUCGAGAGCAAACCCAUCGAAGAAGAAGAAAUCUCCUAUUCGGAUCCGUUUGAUACCUCCAUCGCCACUAAUAUUUUACCGGGCAAAGCGGAGCUGAAAAUAUUAGAGAGCGAGCUACAACAGAUACCUCAGCAACCGCCGCGGCCGAAACCUAUCAAUCUACCGCCGGUAGUGUCGACCGUUCCGAUAAUAGUUCCGGAAGUCGACGACGAAUUCGAUCCGAGAGCGGACGAGGUGAAAGAAUCCACGGAUUUUCUCUCUCUGGACGGGCAGGAUCCAGGCGAUAAAGUGCUAACGCCGCUUCAAAACAAGGAUUUCGCCGGCUUGGACGACGACGUGGAUCCUUUCGACACGAGUUUCGCCACUAUCGAGCCUGGACGGACCGAAUUAAAACUGCUCGAAUCAGAACUGAUGAAGUAGUUCUACAUCGACUG